GAUAAGCGCUUGAUAGUUUUGAUAAGUAUCCCUUGACAGGAAAUAUUUCAGGAACACUUGCUAAUGUUAUGAGAGGACAGACUUGAUCGACGCGGCCGUUCUCUCGUCAUAACCAGAGAUGAUUAGUGUUAUACGACUCUUAUAUACUUUGAUUUUCAUGUGUCAGUGCGUCAUGCUGGUCAUCUUGUUAAGUAGCUUGGGUAAAGUUGAGUGAGGAAUGAGUCUGCAGCGUAGGAUUACUGAGACUGACGUGGCUUGGUUGAAGUGAAGUGUGGUGUCCUCCGUGGUGUGCACAUGCCGUGGUAUAGGGACAAGAAUGUACAGCAAGAACUUGCAGAACUCGGACAGAAGUGAAUUACUGGAUCUGAACACCUGAGUAGGUAAAGAAGCACAGCUGCACAAGCAAAGAAGAAACACUACUACCAUGAAUGCCCAAGACUUGUAUGACAAUGUGCUGCAGGGAAGGGAGCCCCAAGAGUGACACCACCAUUGAUGAGACACCCGAGGACAACCUCUGGCUACAACUGGGCUUUACUGUGGACUCUGAGACAGGUGAGCAUUUACUGUCUCCUAAGAAAAACAUCAGCGGAGGAGACGUGACCCUUGACUCUGUGUCUCCUCUUAACUCUCCAUCCUUCACCCUCAAUGAGACAGUACCAGACUUCAAUCUUGACUUCAACCUUGAUGAAGCCUUGAAAUUUGUUGGACUGAACUGCUCUGAGACUGGGGAAACUGUCUGGAAGCCCUCAGAGCCUGAACCCACCUCUGACAACAAGGAAAGCCCUGGUAAGGAGGAGGAGGACAGCGAGGACAGCUUAGACACCUUGAACGACACCCUGGACGAUAUGAUCCAGGCCUCCCAGCUUCAUCCUCAACACCCGUGCUCACUACAGGCACCACGGGUGAAAACAUGGAGGUGGACAACAGUGUGGAGAUCCCUCUCAACAAGGCUACCAUCCUGCGGGGACAUCAGAGUGAGGUGUUCAUCUGUGCCUGGAACCCAACCACUGACCUUGCCUCAGGGUCAGGAGACAGCAUGGCCCGCAUCUGAAACAUGAAUGACAGCACCACCUCCCUGAACCAGCUUGUUCUGCAGCACUGCAUUCAGAAAGGAGGCACUGAGAGGUUCCCAGUAACAAAGAUGUCACUUCCUUAGACUGGAAUUGUGACGGCACCUUGCUCAUCACAGGAUCUUACGACGGUUACACCAGAGUUUGGAUGACAGACGGCCGACUAGCCUCCAACUUCGGCCAGCACAAGGGUCCCGUAUUUGCCCUUAAGUGGAACAAAAAGGGCAACUACUUCCUAAGUGCUGGAGUGGACAAGCCAGUGCAACUCAGAAGAGCAAGUACAGCAGACAGCACAUUGUGGAACCCUCAACAGACCUGCAUCAAAUCUCAGAGGCAACACAAAAUGUGGAAGCCACCUUGGAUGCCCUAAUCUGAGAAAUCUUUCUUGAGAACCCAGCUAAUCAUCUAUGUGGACUCUGAAAAUGGUCAUAGUGAGAGAGCAGAGUGCUUCAGAAUAUGGGCCAUGGUUUUACACAUGCAUCAUUAUCCACUGCAUACUCCAGCAGCAGCAGCAG